AAACAACACCACCAUUCACUUCAUAUACUGCUAACAGCUAGCCCAUUUCUCCCCUCUUUCACCCAUCUAUCACAUAUCUCCAUAUCUCUACAAGUACUACCCACAUACUGUCUUCAAUAUUCAUCAUCAACUUAAUCAAAGACAUUAAAAUACCCAAACUCCAUCCCAUCUCUCUCUAUCAGUCUAUCACACACAACUAGCAGAAGAAAAUCAAGAACCCCAUUCUUCAAUGUUCUACUACUUAGCAGCUAGCUGGUUAUUCAUGUUGUGUUUAUAAGCUUCCCAAUUCCAAACCACUAAUAGUACUAGCUUAGCUCUCACUCAAACCAGAAUAGGUAAAAAAGAAAACCUAGCUAAGAAAGGAGUAUCCAACAGAAAGAUAAGCAAGUGAGGAAUAUAUGGAGAGAGAGAGAUCAGAGAAGAGAAAGAGAUGUAUGCAUAUUGUGGCUGGUCUGGCUAGCUAGCUGAGCUGAGUUUGAAUAUAAAGGUCACGGCGGAGGCCGGCCGGAGGAGGAUGGAGCUAUUCCCUGCACAGCCGGACUUAUCUUUGCAGAUCAGCCCACCGGCCGCCAAACAACAAAGAACAAGGAUUGACCAAGAAGAAGAGAAUCAUCUUCGUCAUCAUCAUGGGAUGAAUUUGGGGUUAUGGGAAAGAACCCUUGACAGAAAAGACUCAAUCUUUCCAUCUUCUUUGUUUAACAACAGCAGCUGUAAACCCUUCACCAAUUUCGACCUAAUUUCUGCAAAUCUUGCUUCUUCUUCACCUUCCACUUCUCCCCUUUCCGGUGAACAGAACAGAAACCCCUCCGGCUUCCAAAACAGUCUCCUUUACUCUUCUCCUCACCAUCAUCAUCAGCUGCAGCAAACUGGGCCGGACUUUGGGCUCUUGAGGCCCAUUAGAGGAGUGCCAGUCUACUAUCAUCAACCCCCUUCUUCCAAUCCUUUCCCUUUCCCUACUUUUGACAGCAGUGCUGUUAGUUCCACCACCUCUUCUAUCAUCCACCGCCACCAGUCGCCGCCAGCGGGGCUAAUGCGGUCUAGGAUUUUCCCGUCUAGGUUCCCGGUGAAGCGGAGCAUGAGAGCGCCGAGGAUGCGGUGGACGAGCACCCUCCAUGCUCGGUUCGUUCACUCAGUUGAGCUAUUGGGUGGCCAUGAAAGAGCCACACCCAAGUCAGUUCUUGAACUAAUGGAUGUCAAAGAUCUCACCUUGGCUCAUGUGAAAUCCCAUUUACAGAUGUACCGAACGGUAAAGACUACAGAUAGGCCCGCAACUGCAGCUACUUCAGGCCAAUCGGAGGGUUUUGACCAUGGGUCGUCCGGUGAUACAUCCGAUGACAACUUGCUGCUUGACACUCAAACAUCAAUAAAGUCUGAUUUGUCAGUUCAACUGCGACGACAAAAUGUGCAUAAUAAUAAUAUUAAUUACAAUCUUAACCAUGACAAAGAUGAUUAUCAUCGUCCACUUUGGAUCAAUUCAAGCAGGGAAAGUUGGCUGCAUUCCAUUCCAAGUGACCAUAGAGGGAACAUGACUUCAAUUGAGAAAGAAAUGAAGCCAAAAUGUUUGAAUGAUGGGGCAUCAGCAGAGGUGAGCUCAUCAAGCAUAACAGAGACAAGCCCAAAGAAUCCAAAUCUUGAGUUCACAUUGGGGUUGCCUUCAUCAGAGCUGUGGUGACUGGCUACUGGAAUCUUUUUUAUCAUAAUACCAAAAAGAUAGAAUCUUUAUUAUCAUAAAACCAAAAAAUAGAAAAAAAAAUGAAGGGAAUAAAAAAAAACAAGAACCCUGAUUUAAUGUGGAUCUGCAGCCUCAGAUAUGGCUGAGAGUUGUGGAGUAUGUAGAAGUAGUACAGUACUACUCAUUUUGAAAUCAUUAUAAUCUUUGACUGGGGAACUGGUGAAAAGAGAAUCAGGUGCCAACCCAUUCAUCAAAUCAGAGCACAGCAAAGAUUAUCACAAAUUUAAUGAAUAAAAAAUAGACAGUGAAAGGAAAGGUGAGCGAAAAGAGAGCUAAAAAAAGACAAGGAGGCAACAAAGCCCGAAAGCAACAAAAGUAGACUAAAAAGGAAUGUCUUCCUUUUUCUCUUGCAGUCGGUACUAUAUAUAUAAACUAAUUGAGUCUUAUUCCCAUCUCUAAAUCAAAUGUAUUACGGAUUUACGGAAUAAUAAUAGUUUAACAUUUCUUUUGGUGAAAGUUAUAAGAAAU